AUUUCUUCCGUACAACACGGACGCAACUCUCUCCGCCUCACCUAGUAGAUAUUCUCUGCAUUCGUUUGUGCGUAACUUGGAGCUGCUGUGCAUGGUCCAGGUCUUGGUUAGCUUGCCACGCGAUUUGCUGCACGUCGACUCCCCGAGCGCUAUUCUGAAACCGAAGAAUUGGUUGACACUCCGAUCGGGGCUCCCAGAGUAACUGGCAACUCAGCCUCGUUCCUGGCUCUCGAGUAGUGCGCCCAGCAGGCCGCCUUCGUUCUCUUCCUCAUUCCACUGGCAAUCAGAUCUCUCCUCUGCUCCCGCUCGAUUUUCCUGUGCCUUUCGUGUCUUGCACUUCGCUGUCAUGGCUGAUGAGGGCGCAACACCCCGCGAACUUGUGCUGGAAGCUUGCCGCCGUAACAACACAGACCUGCUGCAAGAAGUCAUAGAUGAUUUUUACGCGAAGAAUCCCAAGAACGAAAAAGCGGCAGAGGAACAGCUAGCCGAGCUUCUCAACACGGCACGCGACGGCAUUGGGCAGGGCGUGUUGCACAUUGCAGCUGUGAACGGAAAUUACGAAGUUCUCGACCUCCUCCUCGAUCAAGCUGGAAUUCUGAUUGAUGAACACUCGCGCCUUGAAGCCGACACCCCCCUACACAAAGCUGUCCGCUAUGUCAAUUCUCUCGACAAGUCGGACUGGGAACGCGGCUACCAGAUUGUCGAUAUUCUUAUCGACGCAGGGUGCGACCCCAGAAUACGGAAUCAAGCUAAGCUAAAACCAAUUGAGCUGGCAGAUCCGCGCAACGACCAGCUGAGGAAUAUGCUGAGGAGGGCAGAGUACAGUUUAAUGGUUGCAAAUGAUGUUGUCGAUGAUGAUGACGAUAGACCGAAUGGGCCAGGCAGCGAAAGUGACUGAGAGAUGGAAAGCGCGCAAAAUUCGUUCCUUAUUGUGCAAGAGGGUGGCGAGUCAGCGAGAGUCGUGACUAUGGAUCAUCAUUUAGAGCAUGUGCGAUGCACACAAUGGCCGAGUUGAAUUUGCGCAAAACGAGCACAGUGUUCAUAUUGGACAUGAGGCCGCAUGAGGUAGUAUAUACACCAAGCAGCAUGGAAAUAGUUCUGCUUUAGUAGUCUAAGCUUGGAGUUUCCUCUUUCACGUCAUUUUCCCAUGCUAAACUCGUCCCGCAGAGCAGGUACAGUGCAACAUUUGCAUGCGAUUUCAUGCCAAUAG